GGGAGGAGGGGAGAGAGCCAUCUGUUACCUUGGUCGCCUUAGGAACAGCAUUAGCUCUAACACUAGAAAUGGCUAGUCAGUCUCAGGGUAUCCAGCAGCUCCUCCAAGCUGAGAAGCGGGCAGCCGAGAAGGUGGCAGAUGCCCGAAAGAGGAAGGCUCGGAGGCUGAAGCAGGCUAAAGAGGAGGCACAGACGGAGGUGGAGCAGUACCGCAGGGAGAGGGAGCUGGAGUUCCAGAGCAAGCAGCAGGCGGCCAUGGGCUCUCAGGGAAACCUGUCUGCUGAAGUGGAGCAGGCAACGAGGCGCCAGGUGCAGGGCAUGCAGAGCUCCCAGCAGAGGAAUCGGGAGCGCAUCCUGGCCCAGCUUCUUGGCAUGGUCUGCGAUGUCAGGCCCCAGGUUCAUCCUAACUACCGGAUCACGGCCUAGGAUUGCUGUGGAAGAACCACCAUAGAAACUGAUUUCCCCUGCCAGGCCCUUCUACAAAGAAAUCUCAAAACCACUUCCUUUGUUUCCCUUUCCCAGCAUGCAUGAAGCCCUGGGUUUAAUCCCCAAUAUCACUACCAAAAGAAAGAAAGGAAGGAAGGAAGGAAGGAAGGAAG